AUGGCAUCUCCCCACACGCCUGGAGGCGGUCUGUCAGCAGGAGCCAUUGCUGGCAUUGUGGCUGCUGUUGUGUGCGACCUACUGCUGGAUAGCGUGCUGCUGUAUAGGAGAAGUUGUGGGAAGGAAGCAGGAGGAGAAGCAGGCAUGUUCGUAGUAGCAACGGCGUCAGCAGGGAAGAAGGGAGGUGUGGCAGUAAAGGUGUUCCACCCGUGCCCGCACUGCUCGUUUGUUCCACCCGUGCCCGCACUGCUUGGUUGUUCCACCGUGUCCACACUGCUUGGCUGUUCCAUCCGUGCCCGCACCGGUCAGGUGUUCCACCCGUGCCCGCACUAG